CAUGGUGUCAUCUCUCCAGCCAAUCGAUUGCUCGCGGUCCACUCUGCCGGUCCGCGUGACGACGUCAACCGGUCUUCCUGAAAGAGCCCCGUGCAAAUCCCAAACCUCCCAAUCCUCCCCUGCCCAGGAUUGGAAUUUUACUCCGGAACGGGACGGUCACACGGAAACGCCGAUUCCUUUUCUCCCUCCUCCCGCUGCCCUAGAUUCCUUCUCCUAAUCUCUCUUCCCGAAUCCCCUUGUCCCCAAUCCCAAACCCUAGAUCGCCCUUCUCUUUCCCCGUUCUCCAAAUCCAUGCAGCGCUCCGGGAUCAGGGUUGGGGUUCCUCUCGAGCUCACCAAACCCUAGCGGCGGACGGUCUUCCCGCCAUGGAGGGCUCUGCGGAUGAUCUCGGAGUCCCGGACUCGUGGGAGGUGGCGGAUUUGGACGAGAGCAUGAGCAGGCUGCUCGUAUCGUCCCGGAAGAACCCGGUUCCGUCGGUCUCCUCGCCGCCGCGGGAGCUCGCUGACGAGGCAGCGCCGGCCACGUCGGCGUCGCAGGUGGCGGCGAAGGAGGAUUCCGGAGGGCGCGGAGUCUCGGAGGAUGCUGUGAGCCAGGUGGAUCCGUUCCUCAUGGAGGCGUUGGAGAAGCCCCGGGAACGGCUGUCGAUUCUGAGGAUGGAGCAAGAUAUUGUGAAGUUUAUCCAUGAUCCUACUCAACAACAGCUGGAAUUUCAGGGACUUCCUACUUCUUAUCUACGACUGGCAGCACACCGUGUGGCACAGUAUUAUUACCUUCAGUCAUUAGCUGUGCCAGACAGCAGCUUACCUGAUGGAUCUGGUUCUCGCAUUGUGCUACGCAAAACUUCUCAUGAAUGUUGUUUGCCUCCAAUUCGUCUUGCAGAUAUUCCUAUUAAUCUGCCCCAAGAAGACAGUAAUAUAGCGGUUAAGGUUGCGAUUAAACAGAGACCACAGAAACAUUCAGAAAAUACCAGCAAUGCAACUACUCAUUCUUCUAAGAUGAAUUAUCAGAAGAGUGUUGAAGAAAGAAAAGAAGAAUAUAACAGGGCACGUGCACGAAUAUUCAGCAGCGGCAAUAGUGGUGGCAUAAUUGCAAAGUCAGAAGAUGAACCAAAGUUGCUGGAUAGUUUUCAGCACUGCACCUUCGUAUCCUCAAAGUUGGAUGAAAAAUCCAUAGUUGAAGGUCCGGAAAAUAGUCUUGGAAGGGGUCUUAGUGAUUCUUCUUCAGGCAGCAACAGAGCAAACAGAAAUAAAGCAGAGAAAGAGCCUAUCAGCAGAUAUAGAGCUAGCAAUCGAGUAGCUAUUUUCCGGGACCGAGAGGUGGAUCGGAAGGAUCCUGACUAUGAUAGGAGUUAUGAAAGGUAUAUGCAGAGGUUUGAUCCUGGAUUUGGAUUUAAUGGAGGACCAUACACCAUGCACCCACUAUAUUCUCCUGCUGUCAACUAUAAUACGGAAUUCCCUCAGCUUGUAUCAGGUCACAGGUCUCAACUUCCUAUCGAACGCCAACCACAGACCAUUCCACAACACCUACGUGGACCUUGGUCGGUGGCAUCAACACCUACAGUGGGCUAUGGUCCUCCAGAGGGUUUAAUGGCCCCAUUUAAUCCUAAUCAUGUUGGUGCUCACCCACCACCAUCAAUCUAUAUGCAGUCCUCUCAAUACCCUGUUCCUCCACGCCCUGGAAUGACAUUUGUUCAUCACCAUGAGCACAUUCAACCAUUUGCACAGACUCAUGAGCAACAAUCAGAGGCAAGUUUUGGAUUAGCCCGGCCCCGCUAAGGGGCCUGGGCAUGCCUGCACCUGCCAGUAUGGACUUUGAGCUCAGACAUGUGGAUGAUCGCAGUGGCGACAACUGUUUACUGGCAGGAGAAUUGCAGGCAUAGGGAACCGAGGGUGACUAGUGCAACGCACCUCAAAAGUGAAAAUUACUUAAGCAGCUCUAGUUUUCUCGGAUUUAUUGAUGCUUCCUGCGGCUCAGAUGCGAGAAGUAUAUCUAGUUUUAGAAGUUUGGUUUUUCCACAGGCUCCAGAAACCCUGUUUUGCAUGUACAGGAGGAAAGCAUUACUUACAGAUGGUUAUGAUGAAGAAGUACCACACUCGGUUGCUGUCUUGCUUGAAGUAGUAAGAUUAUGGGCAUGUUGGGCUGAGUGCUCCAAUGCAGAAUGAAGACACCAGCACAUUGCUUCUGGAGUGAAGAGGGAUCAUAUGCUAGAAGACAACAUUAUGGCUCCAUUUAAUGACUAUAAAUCUUCUUCUUCAAUUUCAAGUGAUUGCAGUCUAAAAUGGAAAUGAUUGUCGGGUGUUGGGAUCUAUAGAUGUCUUCAAUCUUGGACCUUCUUCAUGGAGGUAAGGGCUAGUUGCCCUUGAAUUGGAUGGAUUAUUGGAACUAGAUCAUGUUAACUACUGUUUUCCCAUUAUAGAGCUUUGAAUUGGGAUUUGGAUUAGCGUGUUUUCUGCUUCUGUGCUCCCAAACCAGUUGGUGAACCAACCUACCCAUGGAGUGAGAAAAGAAUGGUGGGAAUGGAAGCGUCAUCGAUGCUAUUUGCCUCUUCAGCUCCAGCUUCUUUAAGAUUGCCUGGAAGUCUGGCUAGCCACUAUUGCGGAAAGAUUCAUCUUGAGAUUGCAGUUGGCAGCAUGCUCCUUGUUUCAGUUUUCUUGAUAAGCAGGAGCUCAUGGAUUGAGUCCUUAAUCUCCUCCAAGUUUCUGUGCUUCCAAGCUAACUGGUGAACCAACCAAUCAGUGGAGUGAGGAAAGAAUGGAGGGAGUGCAAGCGGCAGCAAUGCUAUCUGCUUCUUCAAAUCAUCGUCUCUUUUAAUAUUGCUAGGAAUUUUGGUUUACCAUUAUGGUGAAAAGAUUCAUCUUGGGAUUGCAGUAGCCAGCAUGCUCCUUUAAGUAUGCUUGAUAAGCGGGAGGUCAUGGAUUGAUCUUCAAUCUCUUCAAAGAUGAGUCCUGGGAUGUUGAAAAUGAGUUGCAGUUGGGUAUCCUGGACAUUGUAUAAGUCAGCAAAGGAGGAAUUUGCAGUUGAAAUCCCUGAAAAAAUGUUUUCUGCUCAUUUGACUUAGUGCAAUGCACCCCAACCACAAGUUUAGUGGGACUUGAAUUGCUAUCUUCAUCAGGUGCUCUCUAAAACAGUUUCUUCAGUUUCUGCUGAAUCUAAACUUGAUUUGCUUGGAAAGCAAAGUUGUAGAUCAUCGGAAAUGAUUUAUCGAGCUUCAGACAUUUUAUCCUAAAUGUAUACAAAUGCAAUUGUGGGAUUGAUGCAUGUACCUGCACAUGCCAUUAAUGUGUGAUGUGAGCACAUUUACAUCUACUCAGAUAAUCGAUUUUCUGAAUAUAUACUCACAUUUAAAAA